AUGGAGACGGCGGAGAUUGAUCGUUGGAGUCAAUCAACUUUGUUAAUCUCCAAAUAUCCUCACCCCGGAUUCAUCACUAUUCCCUCCCACCUCUUCACUCCAAUAUCUCUCUCCAACCUCCACCAGUUCCUCCAUCAGCCACGACCAGCCGAGACAUUGGCGGUUGUCAUCCCGACGAUGCUGCCCCAAGGAGUCUCGUCAAUCGCUCCAACAAUAUCCGGUUCACCACCGCCAGGCGCAGCAGCAGUUCGUCGUCGGCAGAGACGGCGUGCCCCGGACGGCAACAGUGGCCGGUCCUGCCCACACUGCGGACGUACCUUUAAGCGAACCGAGCACUUGGAGCGCCACGUGAGAACGCACACCAAAGAGAAGCCCUUCAUUUGUAUCUGCGGUGCGGCUUUUACCCGCCGUGACCUCCUGACCCGCCAUCAGCGGAUUACUCUGCACCAAGGCGAGGCUGGGCCAGAUGGCGAUGGCCAGGCUGAAGCUACGAGUCCUCCUGAAGGGAACGUCACGUCGGCAUCCAGGAAUGUGGGGUCUGUCUCCGGCUUAGGACCGGACAUGAAUCCCCCUCAUCCGGACCUGGCAGCUGCCAUAUCACUGUCAGGAUUGAGCGUCGAGGGCUGGCCGCAACCGAUGCAGGUCCCGGUGCAGCAUCAGCAGGCGCCAUUGUACCCUCUGCCGGAUCAGCACACAGCACCACAAGCCAAUGGGUUUGUGACGUCGGACCCCGGAUUUGUUCAGAAUGGGUUCUUGGCAUCUGAGUACAUGGCAACAGAGGGUGACGGCUUCGGUGUAGAUGUUCAGUUCCGCGAUUUUGCACACUUCUUGGAUGGAAUGGGACUACCUGCAGAAUGGAGCCCGUACUUCCAAACGGGAGGAUCUGGAGUGGACGGAGAGGGUGAGGAUGUAGAUGAUGAUGACAUGGAGGCUGAGUCCUGUCAGUCCCCCGAUAAUGAACAGGCGACAGUCAUGACUGGCCAGGUGCCAGCCAGGCCUGAUCCACGGUCAGGAGCAAGAACGCCGUUUACGACGUGGCUCCCGUCUGCACCCGCAGCCAACCGGGUGACUGCAACACUCCAGGAGCUUGCUCCUCGCCCCCUGAACGCCAACGCCCACCCGCUCCGGGUAACCGAAGAGCAGCGAGCACACUUCUCGGCUUCCCUCGACAAUCUCCGCUCCGUCCUCCCAGAACCGCUGUUCCGCAUGCCGUCGCGACAUGCGCUGACACGCUACGUCACUUCAUUCUUUGAGGGGUUCCACAGCCACAUGCCCUUCAUCCACCUGCCAACAUGGCGAAUCCUUGACCAUCCCCUAGAGCUGAUACUCGGAAUAACCGCCAUAGGAGCCCAGUACUGUUUUGAGCACCGGGUAGCCGAGCGUCUGUUUUUUGCCGGCAAGGCAAUCGCUCUGCACAGGCUGCAGCUGCGGCGUGGAAGUGGUGCUCACUGGACCAGUGGCGGGAAGGAGGGCGAUGAGGAAGAGGAUGAUAGGACUGAGAUGGUCAGGGCCCUGGUCACGCUCAUGGGGUUUGCAACCUGGGCGCCCAAGGUGUCGCUGCUGCGAGAGGCCUUUACCCUGCAAACAGUUCUCGCGCAGCUCCUGCGGGAAAGUGGCAUCAGUCAUGACGCAAUCCAAGAAUCACCCAAUAUUUCGAUUUCUUCCACCGACAGCCACGACGACAACAUUGAUGACGAGGAUGAGAACAAACCAUGGCUGGCAUGGGUGAGGCAAGAAUCCACUCGACGCAGCAAGCUCAUAUCCUUCUCUUUCCUGCACACACACAGCAUCGCCUACGACGUCUAUCCGGUCCUUCGCAGCAACGAGAUCGGACUGCGCCUACCCUGCAGCACGCCCGAGUGGAAGGCCCCAACAGCGGCAGCUUGGCGCCGAGCCAGGGCAGAGGUCGUCAAGGAGCAGCUCUUCUUCCAAGAAGCGCUGGGCCAGCUCCUCCGUCACAGCAGCACCAAAACCAACCCCGGCAACAGUGGCUCCAGCUCGGGGACGAGCACGCCACCGCAGCCGCUGGACCCGAUCCCAACCCCACUGGGCAACUAUCUCCUCCUGCACGGCCUGCUGCAGCGCAUCCACAUCCUCCGCGACCUCUCCCUCCCCGCCCUCUCCCCCUCGCCAUCCUCCUCGCUCCCGUCGGACGAGGUCGACAAGCUGGAGCGCGCCCUGCGAGCCUGGACCUCGGGCUGGCAGCAGGCACCCGAGUCGUCGCUGGACCCAAACAACGACAACGGGCCGAUCCCGUUCACGUCGUCGGCGCUCGUGGGGUUGGCGUAUUCCCGCCUCCACUGCGCCCUGGGACCGCACAGACGCCUCGACACCCGCGACCCGGACGUGGUGGCGGGGGCGCUGAUGCGCUCUCCGGGGGUCGGGCGGGGCGACGGCGGCGUCGUCUCGGCGCUGCUGUACGCGGCGCACAUGCUGGGCAUCCCCGUGCGGCUGGGAGUCGACCGCGUCGCCCGCAGCCAGGCCUUCUUCUGGAGCGUUCGCCAUAGCCUGGCUGGGCUCGAGUGCGCCGUGCUGCUGUCCAAGUGGCUGAGGAGCGUCGGUGAGGACCUCAAGGGCGGCGGUGGGGGCGGCCGGGCUGUUUUGACGGACAGCGAGGAGAGAAUCGUGCAUUGGGUGGGCACAAUUGUCGAAGAGGCGUAUGCUGUUGUGGAUUUUGACGACGGGGGUGAUGAUUACAAGCGCGUCAGAGGGGCCGUUCUAAAGGAUCCCGGUCAGCUGGGGCUGGAUGUCUUGAGGAUCUGGGCACAUUUCUUCCGGAGAAAUGCGCAGUGGAGGUUUAUAAACUUUAUAGGACUGAGCUUGGAGAAGUAUAGGGAGCUGCUUAUACAAAGUAGCGGUCCUGCCGGUUCUGAUACUUGA